CAUUUUUAAGGAUACAUGAAGUUUCGAAAAUUGAUGUUAUAUCAAUUUAUACUUACAUAUUACAUAAAUUGAUUCCUUAAAAUAUUUUGCGUAAUGAAAUAUCGUACUUCAAGAAUUUAACCCUCCAACCGCCAAUCCAAAAGUGACCAUGCCAAGCACUUUUGACUUAUACCAUCAGUUAUGUUAUCGCUUUGAUGCCGUCGAAGACAUCAUGGGAAAACAAAAAUGACCCAGCUCGACUAAGCGAGGAUUACUGCAAAAAAUGAACCGAUGGAAAAAUAUAAAGAAUGCGCGCGCAUACAAUGUGUGGAGCAAGGGGCGUUCCUAAUUCUCACAUAAAGGGCUUCUACUUAUCGAGCGGCUACUGUAGUUCAUGUGAGUUCAUGUCAAAUGAUCAAACAGGUUGGUUCAACUACUCAAACUUUUCAUAAAACAUAUAUUAUUAAAUUAUGUUAGCGUAAAAUACAAUACAACAGAUUUCUUAUAUUAUAAGAAUAGUCAUUUUAAGAACCAGUAAAUACGUGAAAAUGGAAUUUAGUCAUCCAAAUACAAGCAGCACAAAUGUCAAGGAACCGAAAACACAUAAAAAUUGGACACUGCAAGACAAACUGGAAGCAGUGAAAAAGAGGGAUGCAGGUACUUCUAUAAAAGAUAUAGCAGUUGAGUACAGUGUUCAUGAACGAGUAGUAAGAAGAUGGAUUCAUGAUAGAGAAACAUUGGAAAAACACAGUACUUCCCCCUACUCAAAACGUGUACGCUUAUCUCCUGUUGAGAAAGUUAAUGAAGCCUUAACUGUUUGGUUUUAUGAUGAAAAAAAACGUAACAACCCAAUCAGUGUUAUACAAGUAAAAGCAAAAGCCUUGGAACUUUUUAGAGAAUUUGGUGGCAUGGAAACAUUUAAAGCAAGUGAUGGAUGGUUUCGACAUUGGAAACAGAGGAAUGGUAUUCAUUGUAUAACAUCCGCAGGAGAACAAUUAUCUUCGAAUUCUGAAGCAGCUAAUAAGUUUAAGAAUGAGAUAUUAGAGUUAAUGGAAACAGAAAAAUUAACUUCAGAUCAAAUAUUUAACGCUGUUGAAACUGGUCUUUAUUACAAAAUGAUGCCCAAGGAAACCACAGAUCUCAACUUUGAGCACAUAUCACCAGGGUUUAAAAGGAUUAAGGAUAGAUUGACUGUAUUGACAUGCUGUAAUGCUAAUGGUUCGUUAAAAAUGCCAUUACUAGUCAUUGGAAGAUAUGAAAAACCACGAGCACUGAAAAAUUUGGCACCACAAUUGUUGCCCGUAACUUAUACAAGCGAACAAAAUGCCUGUAUGAGCACCACUAUUUUUGAAAGAUGGUUUAAAGAAGAGUUUGUGCCUAGCACUUGCAGCUUUUUAAAAUGGAGAGGGUUGCCUGAAAAAGCUAUAUUAUUGCUCGAUAAUACUAGAUCACAUUCAUUAACAGAUGUUUUAUCUGUUGAUGGAAUUAAAGCAGUAUUUUUCCCAUCUAAUGUGGCAUCACUUAUUCAACCUCUUGACCAAGGUAUUAUUGACGCAGUGAAACGGCGGUAUAAAGCAAAAUUGUUAAGAUAUGUAUUAAAUGCCCAAACUGAUGGAAUGGACUUUCACGAAGCAAUUAACUCAUUUAAUAUUAGAAAUGCUGUUGCUUUAAUCAAUGAAUCUUGGAAUGAUAUUACUGAAAUAACAAUUUCCAACUGUUGGAAACCAUUAUUAAAUAUGCCAAUCGAGGUAGAUGAUAGUUCUGAUCAUUUCACUUCAGAAUAUAUCUAUGAAAUGUGUACAAAAAUUCAGCAUCAUGAAGAUAUUGAAUUGGAUCAUAUCAAUGAAUGGAUCCAUGCUGGUAGCCAAUUCAAUUUAUCUGAUCAAGAAAGUGAAAUCAUGGAGGAUUGCAACAGUAAUGAAAAUGUGACCAGAAAAAGCAACAAGAAGGAAUCCAAUAAACCAAGUACCAGUAGUGCAAAUGUUAAGAAACAGAGAACAUAUAAAAAUUGGUCAUUGCAAGACAAAUUGGAAGCAGUAAAAAAAAUUGAUACAGGUGCUUCUAUAAGAACAAUAGCUAUUGAAUAUAAUGUUCAUGAAAGUGUAGUAAGAAAGUGGAUUCAUGACAGAGAAACGUUAGAAAAGCAUAGACUGUCCACUUAUUCAAAACGUGUACGUCUGUCUCCUGUUGAAAAAGUAAACGAAGCAUUGACCAUUUGGUUUUACGAUGAAAAGAAACGGAAGAACUCGAUCAGUAUUUCAGAUGUGAAAGCGAAAGCUCUAGAAUUUUUUAAAGAAUUUGGUGGCAUGGAGACCUUUAAAGCGAGUGAUGGAUGGUUUCGGCACUGGAAACAGAGGAAUGGCAUUCGUUUUAUAGCAACUUCAGAGGGACACUUAUCCACAAAUUCGGAAGCAGUUGAUCAAUUUAAAAAAGAAAUAGCAAAGUUAAUAAAAGCUGAACAAUUAACCUUAGAUCAAAUAUUUAAUGCUGAUGUAACUGAACUCUAUUUCAAAAUGAUGCCAGAUAAGACUUCAGUUAUCAAGACAGAUUACUCAGCUCCAAGGUAUAACAAAAUUAAGGAGGGAUUGACUGUACUGACAUGCUGUAAUGCUAAUGGUUCAUUGAAAAUUCCAUUAUUAGUUAUUGGACACUAUCCUGAAUCACGAACACUAAAAGAUUUAGCACCCCGACUGUCACCUGUAACUUAUACAAGUGAAACAAAUGCUCGUAUGAGCGCUAUUAUUUUUGAAAGGUGGUUUAAAGAACAGUUUGUACCUAGUGUUCGCACUUUUCUAAAUUCGAGAGGUUUGCCAGAAGAAGCAAUUAUAUUACUGGAUAAUACCAAAUCACAUUCAUUAACAGAUGUCUUAACUGUCGAUGGAAUUCGAGCAAUUUCUUUUCCACCCAAUGUGAUACCAAUUAUUCAACCUCUUGAUCAAGGCAUAAUCGAAGCAAUAAAACGGAGAUAUAAAGCAAAAUUAUUGACAUUUGUGAUAAAUGCCCAAGCUGAUGGAAUUGAAUAUAAUGAAGCAAUAAAUUCAUUUGAUAUUAAACAUGCCAUUGAUUUGAUCAGUGAAUCUUGGGAUGACAUCACAGAAGAAACAAUUUCUAAUUGUUGGAAACCAUUAUUAAACAUGCCAAUUGAGAUAGAUGAUAGUAUUGAUCAUUUCAAUUCUGAACAUAUCCUUGAAAUAUGUAAAAAGAUUUCAUAUUAUGAAAAUGUUACAUUGGAGCAGAUCAACAAAUGGAUUCAUGCUGACAGUCAACUAAUUCUUACUGAUAAAGAAAUCAUUGCAGCCAUCGAAGGUCCACUCAGUGAUGAAACUGUUUUUUUAUUUACAGUAGACAUAAAGAAUGAUCAACAAAUACAAAAUGAAAUCUCACCUUCAAAAGCAAUGGAAAGCCUAAACUGUGUCAUUUCAUUUUUGGAGAAAAAUGAAGAAAUUUCACUCUCUGAUAUGGAAACGUUAAAAAGAAUAAGAGAGAGGCUAUUAAAAAUUAGGAACAAUACUUAAUUUCAAACAUUGUGGUUUAUUCGAGAUUUAUUAUUUGUGAAUAGUCUCAUAUUAAAUUGAA